UUGAUUCAACAACCUCCUCCCUCCCUCCUGUGUUCUGUUGCGCCGCCAUCCCACGUGACUCUUACUAAUCCAUCACUAAUCACUCUGACUACUUAAAGUUAUCAGAUCAACAGCAGCCGGGACCUUUAAUCUCGAUCCGAGCAGCUCCUCGCAUAUCCAGACUGCUUAUGUUCAUAGCAUGAAAUAGAGUAUAAUAAACACAGAGACAGUUAUAUAGCAAUCAUGCAAUAACACAGCAGAAUUGCGGAAUAAAAACACAGAAAACCAGACCUGUUCUGGUCUCCUGGCCGCUCUUCCCGCUCCGGUCGGCUGCUCGCGUCUAGAUUCCUCGGCGUCCGUCUCGCGUCGGGGCUGCUCCUGAAUCUGCUGCUGCUGCUCUGGUUUAAGGCUCGGCAUUUGUUUUGACAUAAAGACUCAUUUCUCUUCUCCUUCUUCUUCUCUUCUUGUAUGCUCUCCUCAUCUUCUCUCCUCUCAUACUCCACCAUGUCCACACCCUCCGUCGUCAUCGUAGGCGGCUCCGUCGGCGGCCACGCCAUCGCCCACAACCUCGUCUCCCUCCUCCUCCAAGACGCCCGCCGCCAAAAACUCCCCGACUUCCCCUUCCCGCGCAUAACCGUCGUCGAGCCCCGCCGCGGCCUCAUCAACCCCAUCGCCAUCCCGCGCACGCUCGUCGACCAGGCCUUUGCCCCGCAAACCUUCGCCCCGCCCUCGUCGUUCUCCCCGCAGGUGCUCGACCACGUCGACUUUGUCCGCGGGCGCGCAUCUUACAUGUCCAGAGCCCGCGUCGACGUCCGGCUGACGGACGACUGCACGACCUCCCUCCCAUUCGACUUUGCAGCCAUCGCCGUCGGCCGCCAUCGUCCCGCGUUCGUCAUGCCCCCGCACCUCACAAAGCACGAAUACCUCGCCUUCGCCGACUCCUACGCGCUCAACUUCCGCGCCGCGCACUCCAUCGUCGUCGUCGGCGGCGGCGCGGUCGGCAUCGAGAUCGCGGGCGAGCUGAAGUACGCUUAUCCGACGAAAUCAGUCACCCUCCUGCACUCCCGCGACAGACUCCCGCCUGAACCGUCGCUUGAUCCCGAGUUUAGCGAAAGAGUGCUCGACGCGCUGCGGGCGCUUGGGGUUGACGUGCAGCUCAACACGCGCGCGGCAACUGCAGCAGACAAGAAACCGUCAGAGAUCGAGGUGGGAAGACGAAUCAUAAAGACGACCGACGGCCGCGAGUUCGAAGCCGACUGCACGGUCUGGUGCACCUACCGCGGCACCGUCGCCUCCGAGUUCCUCGACAGCUCCGUAUUCCUACCGCAGACCUCGAUCGACGCCGCCAACAACGCAAUCAAGGUCAACGACGACAUGACGGUCUGCGGCGGCUUCGACAACGUCUACGCGGUCGGCGACGCGAACGACUAUCCCGUGAUCAAGACCGCGGGCGGGGCGAUUUUCCAAGGCAGCAUUAUCGCGCAGAACAUUGCGCGACAGAUCAAUAUCGCGCAGGGGGUCUACGCGCCGCUGGACGAGGUCGAGAAGGAGCAGGGGGUCGAGGUGCCGGAGGUUGUGCUGUGCGAGAAUUGGGGGAAGGCGCAUAUGGCGGUUAUUAUCGGGCAGGAGAUGGCGGUGGGGGAGACGCGCGCGAACGGGGUUUCGAGAGACUACAAGGCUACGGCGGAGUUGUUUGAGGGGGAUAUGAGCACGAAGCGGAUAUUCGAGGCGAUAGGGGUGAGCGCAGUGAGCGCAGAGAGCGCAGAGAGCGCCGUGAGCAGCAGUAACGGACAUUGAUCCAGUUAAUGAGUAUAUUGUAGUAUUGUAGCAACAGAGAUACAUCAAUUCAUAUAAAGCAGGCAGUUAGUUGUUAUAACAGUAGUUGAUAUGUUGAUAGUCGAUAUAGUUAACAAAGAUG